AUGUUGAAAUUGAAUAAUAAUUUUGUUUUAGUAAGAGGAUCUACAGGAAUCUGUUUAAAUUAUGGGCCUCCUGGAUAUGAUCUUGUCACAGGUUUCACCAAAGAUGAUAGUAAAUACUGUAAAACUAUGGUUUUUAGUCCUGAUGGCAAAUACUUUGCAUGGAUAAAUGGUUCAAAAGUGAAAAUUGUAUCAACUUCUACAUGGAAAAUUCAAGCUGAGAUACAGAGACCUAAAGUAUCUAAUAUUGAUUUUUCACCCAAAGGCACUUUUUUCGUUACAUGGGAGCCUUUCACAGGAGGUCAACCAAAUCAACCUGGAAAUCCAAAUUUACAUAUUUGGAAAUCUGAAACUGGAGAACUUGUCAGAGCUUUUGUGCACAAAAAACAAAUUGGAUGGGAGCCUCAAUGGACUAGAGAUGAAAAAAUAUGUGCUAGACUUUUAAAUAACGAUGUUUUAUUUUAUGAAAAUUGUAAUUUUGAGGGUUCUGUACAUAAGCUUAAUAUUGCAAAAGUUGCCAGUUUUAGCUUAUCACCUGGUUCUUCUCCCAGUUAUGUAUUAUGUCAUCUUCCAGGAAAUCCAGGUCAACCGAGUUUUGGUAGACUUUUUCAGUAUCCAAAAUUCGAUGGUACCAGUUCCUUAGCCAAUAAAAGUUUCUUUCAAGCUGACAAAGUCGAUAUGUUUUGGAAUAACAGAGGUAUGGAAGUUUUACUCAUGACUAGCACCGAUGUAGACAAAACAGGAGCUAGUUACUACGGAAAACAAACUCUUCAUUUUAUAUCAACCAAAGGCGAGACAGCCAUGGUUAUGUUAGGUAAAGAGGGACCGGUGUAUUCCGUUCAGUGGAGUCCUAAAAGUUUAGAAUUUUGUGUUGUUUAUGAACUUUUGAUAUUUGGAGGAUUUGGAAAUUUACGGGGCACAAUUGAAUUAUGGGAUGCUACUAAUCGGAAAAUCAUAUCCAAAGUCGACGCUCCAGACACAACUUUAUUAAGGUGGUCUCCAGAUGGGGAACAUUUUAUGACUGCGACUACGGCUCCUAGAUUGAGGGAAGGAAAUGGAUUUAAAAUUUGGCACUACAGCGGGUCUUUACUGUAUGAAAGGCCCUGGAAUAAGCAGGAAGAAUUGUGGGAAGUGUCUUGGCAAACCUUUCCCCCAAACACUUUUAAAGAGCCGGUUAUUAGUUUCAAAACCGUGGAAGGGAUUCAACCAAGCCAUCCUCAAGCUUCGAAACAAGCGUACAGACCACCAUCUGCUAGAGGGAAAGAUAAUUUUAGAGUUCACGAAGGUGAUGAUCAUGGUAUCGGUAGACAAGAUUGUAAUCGCUAUUUUAUUCCCGGAGUGAAUGUAUCGAAAAUUGAUAUAAGUAUUCCGUUUAUAGAAAAACCGAAUAAUAUCUGCCCAGUGUCUAAAAACGCAUUAAAAUUAAAAAAAAAAAGGGAAGCUAAAAAGGCGAAAAAGGAGCAAGUUUCCGAUGGUGGUGUUAGUUCAACACAAAAUCAAAACCACACGUCAAAUCAUUAUCUUGGAGUCACAUCAACCAAUGGACUUGUAGAAUCCGAUGUUACCGAAGAUCCAGAGAAAUUGAAGAAAAUAAAAAAAAUUAGGAGUAAAUUAAAUGAAAUCGCCAAAUUAAAAAACCAACAAGCUGCUGGCAGACAAUUGGAAUUAAAUCAAGUUGAAAAAAUAAAAAAGGAAGAAGAAUUAACGAAGGAAUUGAACGGUUUGGUUUUGUGA